GUUGUGUGCUUGCGAUACGAUGCUGUGGUACCCUCGUUCUCGUUGAAAUCGCCUCAGUUCAUUCGCGACUCUCUUGACACGAGGGUGAGCGGAACAUACCGGUAGUCUAUAUUUCUUUUUCGUAUCGUCAUUCGCGAUCGCGUUUUAUCAGUGAAAGUGUAUUACUUGGAACGAAAAUACGAUUAUACCAGAAAGACGCAUCAUGUUUGUUAAAUAUCUUUCAUUAUCAGGAUCAUUAUCAUCGUCAUCUUGUCGUUCGAUGGACGAUAAAAACGAAGAACACAUUUCUGAGAAAAAUCAUAGAUCAAUCGUCGCAGAUUAGAUUUUUGAAAUUAUUCUAUCAGAGAUGUCGAUCACGAAGAUUAUCGUUCCGGUGCAGAUGGAUAUCCUAAGGAUGCUGAUUCAACUUAAGUUAAAGAUCAUUCUCGUUGCGUUGAUGUUUUAUAUGGACACAGCUCUAGCCGGAAGUUGCAGUGCUGCGAAGCUUUGUUGUCAAGGAAGAGACUCCGGUUGUGUCAUACAAAAGGAAUCGCCUAAUGCCAUUAUCGAGAGUCCACGAGACAAACCGUGUUAUUGCGAUCACGCGUGUCUCAAACUCGCUGAUUGUUGCGACGAUUUCAAGGAAACUUGCGGCGUCGUAGAUUGCAUAGUGAGCGAAUGGAGCGAGUGGUCGGCAUGCAACACCAGAUGCGGUAGUGGAACACAAAAAAGAAGUCGCAGCGUACAAAUCUCGGAGAAAAACGGCGGGAAGCAUUGUCCUAGACUGGAUCAAAUCAGGAGCUGUCGAAGCUUUCAAUCUUGUCACUCUGGCAUUCUUCGUCCUCUACUUCACGACAGGAGUGUGACACUACUCUCCUUCUUACCUGACGACUACAACGAUACAGAAGUUGGCAUUGGAAAUGAAAUACCCAGAAUGAGCCAGAGAUGUGUCGCCUUCACCAUCGUGCGUGCCUCUAGAGCUUGCAAACGGAUAUCUUCUUUCUUGGUCGAAGGUACGAGAAUAUGCGUUGAACGACACGAGGAUGACGAGGAGGAUGAGGAUGAGGAAAGCGAGGAGGGGAAAGGAGGUGGUGGUGAUGGUGAUGGUGGUGGUGGUGGUGGUGGUGGUGGUAGUAGUAGUAGUAGUAGAAGAGAUGGUAGAAGAGGGAACUUGCUCGUGGGUAUUGGCAGAUGGAAACUAUCGACGUCCGUCGACGGCGGAAGUGCCGCUAGAACGGCGAUGAAUUCGAGCUGCCACGGGAAAUGGAUAGGCGAUUCAAGGCUCCUCAUCGAUUGCGACGAUCCAAGUUGUGGAGAAACCACGACGACGCGUCUACGGGUUUCUAGACGCCUACGGAGAAGCUUGGAAACUCGGGAUGAUCUAAAUGAGGAUUAUGAUGAUAUGGAGGAUGAUUUUAGAAGGACCAAACCAGUCAGAGAGAGAUUCAGAAGGUGGAGGAGAAGUAGACGACGAAAGAGGAGCAGAAGAAGAAGAAACAACGUAUUUGUCAAAUCCUAAUCACGAUAAUGAUGAUGAUGCUGAUGACGACGACGACGACGACGACGAUGAUGAUGACGAUUACUACCUUUCUUUUCGAUGAUAUUUCUUUUUUUUUCAUCCAGGUGAUUUUCGUUUUUUUCCUCCGCACUUUCUGUUUUUCCUUCUUUCUCUCUUCGUGAUAUUUUUUUCUCGUUAAUUCUCUCCAACAGUGUUUGUUGAACACCUAAAAGUUUUUAUUCCAACAAAGUUUUGUCCUUGAAAUAAUUAAUUGUCCUUGCUUUCUUUCGUUCUAAUUAACGAAAUACUAUUUAUAAUACGAACAGUAAGAUAGAGAUAUCUCUUUGUCGAUAUGAAAAUUUAUGAAGAAAAUGAGUAUAUAAAUAAAUGAAUAAAUAAUUGAGUGUACGAUCCUGAAA